AUGGACCGUUGCUCCAUCGAUGCCCAUGGCACCGCUCUCACUGACGAGACCAUCGCCGCCGCAAAGAGUGCUGAUGCCGUCCUUCUCGGCGGUCCCGCAUGUGGCAACGGCGCUGUCCGACCCGAGCCAGGCCUUCUGAAGCUUCGCAAGGGGAUAGACAUAUACGGCAAGCUGUGGCCUUGUUUCUUCGCGUCUGGCUCUCUGGUUGACGUCUCUCUCCCCGAAGCCUCUGCUGAGCGUGUUGACCAUAUGGUUGGGUUCCUUGCCCGUGGUCGCGGCGACAAGAAGGUGGGAUCUUUUGACAAGGCUAUUUACUUGCGACGAAAGGUCAUGACGGAGACAUUUGAGGAGGUUAUUACCCCCAGCAUCGGCCUUCUGCCCAGCGCUAACUUGAGCCAUAUUCUUGAUAUAAAGGGCGUCCCCAAACUAUUUGGUACGAUCCUAUCUGUUGCUAUGAUUCUCUGCUACUCUCUCAACCUGCCCGUGGAGGCCAAGGCUGUUGAGGGGGUUAUCCGUGUGGCUCUGAAAGGUGGUCUGCACGCCAAGGACCUGGGUGGUAACACUACCACAGAGGAGGUUGGUGAUGCUGUUGUUCAGGAGCUGGAGAAGAUUCCCAAGGCUUAA